CUGGAUCUUACGUGCUCAAGACUGUCUAAAAACAUUGAUCCAAACCCUUGUGAAGAGUGAAAUCACUGAUUGUCAUCAUCAAAGAGAUCUUGCAAGGUUUUCUCCAUUCCAGGACCUGACGCUGUUCUGGAAGUGGAGCAGAAACCAGUCCCAGGUGUGCCACAGGAAGGCACAGGCAAGGACGCUGGUCCUGAUUCUGCAGGCAGCCAAGUCUAAAUGUGAUGGCUGUGCCACCUGCCCCUCGGCAGCUGCUGGGAGUGCUGCUUACCAUUUCCCUCGGCUCCAUCAGGCUCACUCAGGCCGGUGCCUACUAUGGGAUCAAGCCACUGCCUCAAAUUCCUCAGAUCCAACCGCAAAUUCCACAAUACCAGCCCCUGGGCCAGCAAGUACCUCACAUGCCUUUGAGCAAAGAUGGCCUUACCAUGGGCAAGGAGCUCCCCCAUAUGCAGUAUGGUAAAGAGUAUCCACAUCUACCCCAAUAUAUGAAGGAAUUGCAGCCGAUGCCAAGGAUGGGCAAGGAAGCAGCUCCCAAGAAAGGCAAAGUAGAAGCACCAUUAGCCAGUUUACGAGGGGAACAAGGGCCUCGUGGAGAGCCAGGCCCAAGAGGACCACCUGGGCCCCCCGGUUUACCAGGUCAUGGGAUACCUGGAAUCAAAGGAAAACCAGGGCCACAGGGCUAUCCAGGAAUUGGAAAGCCAGGUAUGCCUGGAAUGCCAGGAAAGCCAGGAGCCAUGGGAAUGCCAGGGGCAAAAGGCGAAAUUGGACCCAAAGGAGAGAUGGGGCCCAAGGGGAUCCCAGGACCACAAGGACCUCCAGGGCCUCACGGACUUCCUGGCAUUGGCAAGCCAGGUGGACCUGGGUUACCAGGGCAACCAGGUCCAAAGGGUGAGAGAGGACUCAAAGGACCACCAGGACCUCCAGGCCUUCAGGGUCCUAAAGGAGAGAAGGGCUUCGGGAUGCCAGGUCUGCCAGGCCUGAAGGGUCCUCCGGGGAUGAAUGGCCCUCCUGGUCCUGUCGGGCUUCCAGGAGUGGGCAAACCAGGAGUGACAGGCUUCCCUGGGCCCCAAGGCCCCCUGGGAAAGCCAGGUCCUCCAGGUGAACCUGGGCCACAAGGCCCUAUUGGGAUACCAGGGGUUCAAGGACCUCCUGGGAUGCCUGGAGUUGGAAAACCAGGCCAGGAUGGGAUCCCUGGCCAGCCAGGAUUUCCAGGUGGCAAAGGGGAGCAAGGACUGCCAGGGCUGCCAGGACCCCCAGGCCUUCCAGGGAUCGGGAAACCAGGCUUCCCGGGACCCAAAGGCGAAAAGGGCAUAGGGGGUAUCCCCGGGGCUCUUGGACCAAGAGGGGAGAAAGGACCAAUAGGUGCCCCUGGAAUGGGGGGUCCCCCAGGAGAGCCAGGCCUGCCUGGAAUCCCCGGUCCUAUGGGCCCUCCAGGUGCUAUUGGUUUUCCUGGACCCAAAGGAGAAGGUGGGGUUGUAGGGCCACAGGGGCCACCAGGUCCCAAGGGGGAGCCAGGGCUUCAAGGCUUCCCAGGGAAGCCAGGUUUCCUUGGUGAAGUGGGGCCCCCUGGCAUAAGGGGUUUGCCAGGUCCCAUAGGGCCCAAGGGGGAAGCUGGGCAUAAAGGUUUGCCAGGGCUCCCUGGUGCUCCAGGUCUGCUUGGACCAAAGGGAGAACCAGGAAUCCCAGGGGAUCAGGGUUUACAGGGCCCCCCAGGCAUCCCGGGUAUUGCAGGCCCUAGUGGCCCCAUUGGACCACCUGGAAUUCCAGGCCCCAAAGGGGAACCGGGCCUCCCAGGGCCCCCCGGGUUCCCUGGAGUAGGGAAGCCUGGAGUAGCAGGACUUCAUGGCCCCCCAGGAAAGCCCGGUGCCCUGGGUCCUCAAGGCCAGCCUGGCCUUCCAGGGCCCCCAGGCCCUCCAGGGCCCCCAGGCCCCCCAGCUGCGAUGCCCCCUACACCACCACCCCGUGGAGAGUAUCUGCCAGAUAUGGGGCUGGGAAUCGAUGGAGUGAAACCCCCCCAUGCCUAUGGGGCUAAGAAAGGCAAGAACGGAGGGCCAGCCUACGAGAUGCCUGCAUUUACCGCCGAGCUGACUGCACCUUUCCCACCCGUGGGGGCCCCAGUGAAGUUUGACAAACUGCUCUAUAACGGCAGACAGAACUACAACCCGCAGACAGGCAUCUUCACCUGCGAAGUCCCGGGCGUCUACUACUUUGCGUACCACGUUCACUGCAAGGGGGGCAACGUGUGGGUUGCUUUGUUCAAGAACAACGAGCCCAUGAUGUACACGUACGACGAGUACAAGAAGGGCUUCCUGGACCAGGCGUCGGGGAGCGCGGUGCUGCUGCUCAGGCCCGGAGACCGGGUGUUCCUCCAGAUGCCCUCCGAACAGGCCGCGGGGCUGUACGCCGGGCAGUACGUCCACUCCUCCUUUUCAGGAUAUUUAUUGUAUCCCAUGUAAAAAAGAAAAGAAGUAGAGAGAGAUUUAAUAGAAGAAAAGAACAUGGAAAUCCAAAUGAAAACCGUAAUUGCUUCAAAACAUUUAUAUAGUUGGAAAGUUAUAUUUAAGUGAAAUGUUGAACCAUCAUGUACAAAUAAAAGCUAAGAUGCAUGUUUAA